GUCCCUGCAGCCUUUGGCCAGUCUUGUGGUGGGCUGCAAAGGCCCUAAGAGAAUCUCUAGCUCAGACCCUACACGUCUCCCCCAAGGUUUUGUUAGAGCCCAGCUGGUCCCUGCGCUCCUAGGAUAGCUAGCCUGCUCCUGUCCCAGCCUUGGCCAGUAUCUUACAGAGAUGAAAUCCUUGAACCAGGGUGGAAAAGAGUUUUCCAGCGAGCUGCUGUGGAGUGGAGAAGUGGCAUUUUAAGGAUAUCAGCCCUGUGACACUUUGUUUGGGCACAGUGGGACACCCUGGCCCUAAAAGUAGGUAUCUGUAAAACUAGGAGGAGUGGACACUUCUGAUGAUGGCAGAGCUGGGCAAGCCAGUUGAGUGAGAAGUCAGACUCUGUCUGACUCCUUCCCAUCCUUCCGGGAGAGCCAGGCGCCCACACUCAGCCUCUCUUAGACCACUCCCCAGAGAGGAAUGCCCCCUCUCUGUGCGGUCAGAGCAGGGACCAGUUUCUACACCCCAUCUGCUCAGCCUAUAGUCAUCCUUCCAAGUGACACCUUUACAGCUACAGAGGCCAGAGUUCAUCUUUAUUCCUCUCUCACCCCGCCCCGCUCCAUCAGCUCUGUCAUCAAGCUGUAACCAGAAUGGAUCCAUCCUCCCCUGUCAAUCCUGCCCGCUCUGAUCAAAAUGACAUUCUUUCUGGGGUCCCUACGCCCCACCACUGAGCACACAUGGUCCCCAGCUCCUCACAGCAGCCACAGGAUUGUCUACUCCACUCAAAGCCUGCCCAUGGCUCCCAUCUCACCAAGAGUCGUUGCCAAGGUCUUCUUUCCCCAUGGCCCGCCACUGUCUGACUUUGGACAGCUCUGAUUUUCAUUUCCACCCGCCAUCUCCCCUCUCCACUCUCGACUUGAUGGUUCCUUCAGCAAACCCAGGUGUUUCGCUAGGAUCCUGGGUCUUUCUUGGCUGUUCCCUUGGCCUGCAGCUGUCAGUGCUACUCGCUCCCUGUGGCCUUUUGCUCAGAGAGACUUUCUGACUCCAUAUUGAAAACUGCCUCUGGCUUUUCUGUGCCGAUAUCGCACCCGCCAACAUGGUGAACGUUCCUAAGACCCGCCGUACAUUAUGCAAGAAAUGUGGCAAACACCAACCCCACCAAGUGACCCAGUACAAGAAGGGCAAAGAUUCUUUGUAUGCCCCGGGAAAGCGGCGUCAUGACAGGAAACAGAAUGGCUAUGGUGGGCAGACUAAGCCUAGUUUCUACAAAAAGGCGAAAACUACAAAGAAGAUUGUGCUGAGACUGGAAUGUGUGGAGCCCAACUGCAGAUCUAAGAGGAUGCUGGCUAUUAAGAGAUGCAAGCAUUUUGAACUGGGUGGUGAUAAGAAGAGAAAGGGCCAAGUGAUCCAGUUCUAAGCUGACCUUGUUAUGAAGACAAUAAAAUCAUGAGCUUUCACUCAAAAAAAAAAAAAAGAAAAGAAAAAGAAAACUGCCUCUGGCCCACGGAACUUUACAUGCCAGGGGCCACCGUGUGGUGGAGCAGUGUUUGCUGUUAUUAUCUGCGUUCGCUGUCUGUGGUGGUGGUGGGGGGUGUAGUUUCCAUCAACAUGAGUUUCUGUCUGUCUUCUUAAUGACUGCAAUUACUCU